AUGCAAUCUGAAUUUGAUGCUCUUAUUCGAAAUAAGACGUGGGAUUUAGUUCAUUGUCCUUGUGAUUCUAAUCUUAUUCGAUGUAUGUGGAUUUUUAGGCAUAAGAAAAAUUCUGAUGGCUCCUUUGAGCGUUAUAAGGCUCGUCUUGUAGGUGAUGGCAGGUCACAGGUUGCAGUAUCUCGUCAUCCUGAUGGCAUAUUUUUCAAUCAAAGCACUUAUGCUUCAGAGAUCAUUAAACGUGUUGGCAUGGCGUCCUGUAAACCAUCAGCCACUCCUGUUGACACCAAUCAGAAACUCAACACCUCCUCCGGCACUUCUUAUGAGGAUCCCUCCUUGUAUCAGAGUCUUGCAGGGGCCUUACAAUAUCUCACCCUCACUCGACCUAAUAUAUCAUAUGUUGUUCAACAAGUUUGUCUUCACAUGCAUGCCCCUCGCACUGAACACAUGCCUGCUCUUAAGCGCAUUUUGCGCUAUGUUCAGGGCACCUUACAUUUUGGACUACACUUAUCCCCAUCUCCCAAUACAACACUUAUCUCUUACACUGACACUGAUUGGGGUGGAUGUCCUGACACCAGACAUUCUACAUUUGGUUACUGUGUUUUUCUAGGUGACAACCUUAUUUCUUGGUCUUCCAAAAGGCAGUCAACUAUCUCCCGUUCCAAUGCUGAAGUCGAAUAUAAGGGGUUGCCAAUGUUGUCUCCGAAUCGUGUUGGAUUCGCAAUCUUCUCCUGGAACUCCAUUUUCCUAUUCCUCAAGCCACUUUGGUGUAUUGUGAUAAUAAUGAGCUUUGUUAAAAAUGAGGAAGGAGGAAGGUUUGGCGGACUAAUAACACUUAAAACCGAUAUAGAGAGACUUGCACUUCAUGCAGAUCCCUUUUGGACUACUGGCAACCCAGUUCCAUAUAACUCUGCUGUCAACAAAAAGUAUGGAACAUUGAAGUUUCAAACUUCAACAGAAAUGGAUCAAGAACAUAAUACUCUGGUUGCUUCCGAGUUUCUUUCAGCUCCAUGCCGCAGAAAAAGAUAUGUAGAAUGA